AAGCAUAUCUAUAUAUAUAAUAAUAGAUCAAUACAAGUUAAGCUGUAGCUAUAUAGAGAUAAUUAGCAAUAAUGGCGGAACCUUCUGGAGAAAUAUCAGUAGAUGGCACGGAAGUCCAUCGGAGUACGGUGCCUGAAACAACAGAUAAAGAAAUAGACAAGUUAUUCAACGCUGUCAUGAAAGGAGAGUGGGGGAAUGUGGUAGCGACGUACAGGAAAAGUUCCACUGCUCAUAAGACAGAGUUGACGAAAUCAAAAGAGACUGCUCUACACUUAGCCGUGGCAGAUGGCCAAACCGAAAUUGCAAUGCAAUUGAUCGAUGCUAUCGAGGAGGCAGCGGUAAAGGAGAAGGCAAAGGCGGACGAGAAGGAGAAAGAGAAGGCCGAGGCAGAAGUGAAGGCCGCGCUUGGCUUGGAGAAUGUGAAAGGAGACACGCCUCUCCAUCUAGCAGCGGCCCGAGGGAACUUGGAAGUGUGCAUUGGAAUUGUUACUGCUUAUUCCGAAGGAUUUACCGCUCGGAACUCCAAGGGCGAGACGCCGAUCUUCUUGGCGGCUCUGUAUGGCAUGAAUAAAGCUUUUCUUUGGCUCCACUCUACCAACCAAGACAAGAUGCAUCUCAAAAGGGGAAAUGGCGACACUAUUCUUCACGUCGCGGUCUUAGGAGACUACUUUGGUUUGGCAUACAAGAUAAUUAUGUACUAUCCAGAGUUCGUUAACUCGUUGAAUGAAAACGGUUUGACACCACUUCACAUUAUUGCUGGGAAGAGCAAUGCAUUCAAAAGCAGCACUAGCCUUGGCUUAUUUGAUCGGAUCUUAUACUACUGUUUGGCCGUGGACGAGAUGGAAGAAACACCAGUAAACAUCCAACAAUAUCGAAAAACUGCAAAAGAAAGAGAAGGGAACAGCGAACGAUAUCCAAAAAAUUAUCAUACGUGCAUUGACUCCCUUCGAUUGCUGAAAUAUCCAAUUUCUAUGGCUAAUGCAAUAUUUAUAUGGCACAAGGGAGAAAAGAAAGGUCACUUAGCUGAUGAAGAGGAUCCCUCAAAAAAUGAUAAUAAGGGGAAAAAGAAGAAUAGUAUUGACGAUGAGAAUAUUAAACUAGAACAAGUGAGCAUCCUCGUACAAGGUUUGGAUAAACUCAAGAAACGAUCAUUUGUUCCCCCAAAUUACGAAUCGUUGGUGCUAUUUUUCAAGCUUAUAGUGAAGGCAUUGCUAAUUAUCUUUGGAGUUGGCAUUUGGAGGAUUAGGAAAAUCGAAAGAACGAAGAAACUUCACUUGCGAGCUAAGCUGGUGAUGGAUGGAUUGGUUGAGCGCACAACAUCCUACAAGUCCUAUGGAAACACCGGAUCGACUCCUGAAAACGAAGAUAAAGAUUUGUUCAUUCCUGAAUUAGUCACGAACAAGUCUAGUGAAAGUAAACAUGGCACACCGAUCUUGAUCGCUGCGAAGACUGGUGUGACGGAGAUGGUAGAGAAAAUCUUGAAUUCAUUCCCUGUGGCCAUUAAUGACGAAGACUCGGCUGGUAGGAACGUGGUGCUCUUGGCAGUGGAGUACAGACAACCCCUUGUGUACGAUCUGCUGCUCAAAAACAGAAAGUUUCUCAAAGAUAGUGUGUUCCGCCACGUUGAUAACAAUGGCAACACCGCGCUUCACUUGGCUGCACAGCUCGGUAAGCACAAGCCUUGGCUUAUUCCCGGCAGUGCUCUCCAAAUGCAAUGGGAAAUCAAGUGGUACGAGUACGUGAGGGACAGCAUACCACCAAACUUCUUACCACUCUUAAACAACGACGAGCAAACACCAAACGAUGUGUUUUGUGAUUCACAUGGACCCCUCAUCAAGGAGGGUAGCGAAUGGCUCACCAAGACCUCUGAGUCGUGCUCCGUCGUGGCAGCACUUGUUGCAACAGUCGCAUUCACAGCGUCCUCGACUGUUCCAGGCGGUGUCAACCAAGACAGCGGAGUUCCCACCCUGAAAGACAAACCAGCUUUCAAUGCCUUUGCCAUCUCAGCUUUGGUGGCUCUCUGCUUCUCGGUGACUGGUCUCGUCUUCUUCCUCACUAUCCUCACUUCUCGCUACCAAGAGAAAGACUUCGCCUCUGAUCUGCCUCGGAAGCUGCUUCUCGGUUUGACGUCGCUUUUCGCUUCCAUAGCUUCCAUGUUGGUGUCUUUUUGCUCAGGACAUAUUUUUGUUCUUGAUCGAGAGCUAAGAUAUGUAGCUUAUCCUUUGUAUGCAGCUUUGUGCUUCCCAGUAACCUUUUUCGCAAUCGCUCAGUUGUCUCUCUAUUUUGAUCUUAUAAUGGCCAUCUUCAAAAAAGUUCCUCAGCGCAGCCACAGGAUGUUUCCACACUAGGCCGUUAUUCAAUAUUUGUUCUCUUCAGUGAAGAUAUUCAAUUUUUUAAGAAUUGUUUCGAGUUAGAUUUGUUUUGAGAAUGAGUGAGAUUUGAUUGAUUUUGGUUUGGUUUGUUGAGACGCUAUGUUGUGGUGUUUUAUUGAUUGCCAAAAAUGAGUGUUGUUAGUCAUUGUUUCAUAAUGCAAUAAAUUGUGUAUUUCAACAUA